AUGGACAUGAGUCCGGCCACCUCCUCCACUCCGGCACCACCCACCAGCAGUCAUACAAGCCCUAGUGUGUCGUCCGAGCAGGGCGUUGCCCUUUCUGGUGAAAGAAGGCUGCUUGGGUUGCUGAGACCGGAUCCGGAAGGCCACAAUGACAUAGGAUUUCCUGCGCUCGACAUCAAACAUGACCGCCCAGGAGAAGAAGCAGAGCGUUCUGACUUCGUUGGCGAUGCUAAUGAAGCAGUUCGGGGAACUGGGAAAAGACACGUUCUCGAGAACGACCUGGAUGUACGUGAACACCGCCCUUCGACGUUUCGAAAGGUCCUGCAGCAGUAUUGCCCGACUAUUCGGAUCAGGUCUCCUCGCAGCAACGUUUGUGGCUUGUGUGCUAUCCUGCACACACGCAUGCGGUCGUGUAUCACAGCGGAGCUUACUGAGGAGCUAGGCGUCCACACUGAAGCCGCGAAGAAGAUGAGGCUGGAGUACAAGAAGGACCUGGCAUCCGUGUCGGAGGAUCACGCAGUUAGCGUCAUGGAUUUCAGUCAAAACCUGACCCUUCCCAGCGUCGCCAGUACGCCGUCUCAGUGGUAUUUCUUGUCUCUUGUGAACGUUCACGUCUUUGGAAUCUACUACGCUAACAAGGGACAACAGUACAACUACGUCUACGAAGAAUCGGUUGCUGGGAAAGGAACGGACGAGGUCAACAGCAUGCUGUAUCACUUCAUCCAGCGGAUCGUGCUGACGAACGGCCAUCGAAAACUCGCUAUCUACGCUGACAAUUGCGGUGGCCAAAACAAGAAUAACUUCGUUGUUAAGAUGCUGCUGGCUUUAGCUCAAACUGGAGAACUUGAUGUCGUUGAGCUCAAGUUUUUCGUGAAGGGCCACACCAAGAACGCUGUUGACCGUGGCUUCGGCCUUAUGAGGAAGAAGAUUGCUAAGGAGGACGUGUGGACGGCUGAUCAGCUGCUCGAGGUUAUCAACGACUCCUCGUCUAGCUCGGCCCUUGUCCAUAUUCCCAAAGAGAACACGAUGAUGAAGUUGUUCCGAACGCCCGUCAAAGAGGCUUACAAGAAUCUGGGGGUGCAGCGCUACCAGAUCUUCACAAUGAGCGAGAAGAAGCCAGGGGUUGUCAGCUGCCGUACGAACGCUGCAAAAGUGCGGAGUCUACUAGCUGCGUACUUAGAGCCUCUACAACCACCGCCUCCAAAUUUCGAGAAAAAGCAGCAAAUGUACAACAAGGGAAGGCCGUACGCCCCUUCCGAGAUUGCGUCGGACCCCCUGUAUGCAGCCCCUACGGAUAAAGAAGAGCGCCACGCGAAGGAAGCUAAGCAGGCACGUCACAGCGCAAGUGCCAAGGAAAAAAAAUAG